AUGUUAGUCAACACCCGCUGCAAAUAUGUUCCAAUUCUGACAAUCUACAAAAUAGAAAACGAGAAGAAGCAGCAGCUCAAGCAAUUCGUCUUCGAAGAAACCCAGUUUAUAACUGCCGGUAAAAUAAUGAACGAAGAAGUAAGAAGAUUCGAAACUAUUGACAAAAACAAUCUGAAACGUCCACUCUCUGAUAAUGAGUCAAUCAGUUCUGACAGUACUUUUUUUUCAAUAGACAGUUUUUCGACGUCAAAACAAAAUGUCGCCAAGACUGUAGAUUCUACAUCGAUGACUACUUCAUGUUACAAUGAAACUUUGAUGAAGAUCAGCUCGAAAUCCAUAGAGGUUUUGCUGGAUAUGUCAACUGCGGCAUUCCGUCAAGAUUGUUCUACCUCUAAAAGGGACCAUCACCUUUCUGGAGCAACCCAAACUUCCCAAGUGCCAACUACCCGAUAUACUGACGGACUGGAACAAUACUUGCUAAAGGAUCCUGUUUCAAGGAUGGAGUUUGAACGAUCUGAUCUCGAUGAUAUCUUGAUCGGCCUCUUGCUCGAAAACAUUCAUACAGGAACUUCACAUCAAAAACUGUGCCAGGAUGGAAAUAAUAUGAACGUCGUUUCCAAUACAAUGUCAUGUCAACACUGA